AUGGAUGUGAUAUGCCAGUAUUAUUAUGCAUUAAAGCUUCAUUCGGAGACACCAUGGUUGAGUUGUACAGGGGUAAAUCUCAAAUCACCACCGAUAAAGCAACCGCCAGAUCCAUGUCGCGCCUUUUACUGUAAUAAAUUCAAAUAUGAUAGCGCCUACGAUAUUGAAACCAAUGAGAAUGACAUCGCUAUCGUGAAGUUGGCCGAAGCCGCAAGUGUUAGCAGCUACCUUGGAUUGGCAAGCAGCUUACCUUCAAGUGGUGUACUCGUCAGUUGGGAUGAAAGCAAUGCAGUGGUACAAGUAUCUGAAACUAUCACCAGCGCCAAGGUAUGCGUUACUCAAGGCUACAAAUACGAAGACGGCGAUCUUUACAAUUCACAGUUCUGCGGUUUGGCUGCGAACGAAGCUUGUGGUGAAUUGCCUGGAAGUCCUUUGGUUGCUGACAACAAGUUGCUCGGUGUUGUGUCCUGGGGUUAUGGUUGUGGCAACAAAGACAGUCCAGCUGUUUACUCUAACAUUCCAGUCUUGAAAUUGUGGAUCGAAAGUGUUUUGUAA